CCACAGUCGGCGGCGGCAGCAGGCGGGCGCAGCGCGGUACGGCUCAGCACACGGCGGCUGCCACUGCGACUGACACUCCAACAGGGGCGAAGUCGUGCAUCGACCGAGGAUGCGAGCAUUGAUGGUGCUCGCGGUGGCGCUGGCGGCCGCUACGACGGGCCUCGCGUGGGCCGCGGAGCGUUGCUGUGGCGACGCCGAGCCGUGGCAGGGGCAGGCGCGCGCCAAGCGUAGCUUCAGCGCCUGGGGCGGCAAGCGCGCCGGGCCCGACGGCGUCGCCGGCGCUGACGUCGACGACGGCUACGGCGACGGCGACGACCAGAAGAGGGCCUUCUCCAGCUGGGGCGGCAAGAGGGCGGUCCCCGGCUGGCAGGCGGCGCGGGGCAGCCCGCUGGAGGAGGACAAGCGCUCCAAGCAGUCCUUCUACAGCUGGGGCGGCAAGCGCGGCCUCGACGGGGAGGCAGAAGCCGACGGCCAAGCUCCAGAAGACGCGGUCGAAAAGAAGAGGGGAGGGGUCAGGUUCUCCAGCUGGGGUGGCAAGAGGGACCAUUUCCAAGACGACGACGGUGGCGUGGAGGACCUCGCCGAUAGCAAGAGAGCUUUCUCCAGCUGGGGAGGGAAGAGAUUCGGCGACGGAGCGCCGGCCGCGGAGAAGCGCGCCUUCUCCACCUGGGGGGAGUCGCUGGCCAACCGCCGCCUCGACCUCUACAACUACAGGCCCGUGCAGCUCCGCAACGGCAACGGCCCGCCCUUCUUCCCCUGGGGUGGCUAAUCGCGUUCCGCCCUGACGCUUCUUCUGCACCUCCCUCUGCUUUUCGUUUCCAUAACGCACACGGAAUGUGUAGCGUACCGAUUGCUUUGUACCCUUGUGUGGAACAGAAAACCGAUAUCCCAUUGUUUGUGGCCGUCGGAGAAAUGUAGUAAUAUUUGCAUGUAAUACAUUGCAGUAAUGUAGUAAUAUGUGAAAAAA